CCAGGGGGCCCGAGGGAGAGGGGAGUGCGGAAGGAUUGCGCACGCGCGCCAGGGAGUCCGAGGGCGUCGGGGGACCCGGGGUCCCCGGAGGAGAGGGGAGUGUGGAUGGAGUGCGCACGCGCGCCGGGGGCCCCGAGUGGGAGGGGAGUGCGGAUGGGUUGCGCACGCGCGCCAAGGGGCCUGAGGACGCCGAGGGGAGUGCGGAGGGGUUGCGCGCGCGCACCAGGGGGCCCGAGGGAGAGGGGAGUGCGGAAGGAUUGCGCACGCGUGCCAGGGGGCCCGAGGUCCCCGGAGAGGGGAGUGUGGAAGGAGUGCGCAGGCGCGUCGGGGGGCCCGAGGAAGAGGAGAGUGCGGAUGGAUUGCGCACGCGCGCCCGGGGGUCCGAGGGGGCUGGGGGGCUCGGGGUCCCCGAGGAGGAGGGGAGUGUGAAAGGAUUGCGCACGCGCGCCGGGGGGCCCGAGGGGGAGGGGAGUGCGGAAGGAUUGCGCACGCGCGCAAAGGGGCCCGAGGUCCCCGGAGGAGAGGGGAGUAUGGAGGGAGUGCGCAGGCGCGCCGGGGGUCCCGAGUCGGAGGGGAGUGCGGAGGGAUUGCGCACGCGCGCCAAAGGGCGUGAGGGGGCCCAGGGGAGUACGGAGGGGUUGCGCACGCGCACCAGGGGGCCAGAGGGAGAGGGGAGCGUGGAGGGAGUGUGCAGGCGCCUCGGGGGGCCCGAGGUCCCCGGAGGAGAGGGGAGUGUGGAGGGAGUGCGCAGGCGCGUGCUGGCGUCCGCGUCGGGGGACGUGUGGAGCGCCGACUUGCGGUGCAGCCUGGUAUGGGCCGCGGCUCACACCUUCCGCAGGCACUCCGCCCUCAGGCCCUGCCCCCCGGACUACCGCCAGGACUUCGACGCCCUGCUCGCGGACAUUGACCUGUUGCCAAACCUCAAGGAACUCCUGCAGUCUGGAACGGACAGGGAUCAAAGAGUAUGGAAUCUCCUCGGCUGGAUCUUAUCCUCAAAGGUUUUUACCCUCCAGAGUACAAGCAAAACGGAGUUCGCGAAGAUCCAGGAGCUGACCGGAAUGUCGGGAACCCCGGUGCCACCCCCCGACUUCCUCUUUGAAAUCGUGUACUCCGACCCCCUGAACGCCAAGUUCAACGAGACCAGGGGCGACAGGGACCUGAUCUACGCCUUCCACGGCAGCCGCCUGGAGAACUUCCACUCGAUCCUCCACAACGGCCUGCACUGCCACUUAAACAAGACGUCCCUGUUUGGUGAAGGGACCUACCUGAGCAGCGAUUUAAGCCUGGCCCUCCUUUACAGCCCUCACGGGGCCGGCUGGCCGCGGAGUCGGCUGGGCCCGCGCCUCAGCUGCGUGGCCGUCUGCGAGAUGGUGGACCACCCUGACGUCAAGUGCCAGGCGAAGAAGAAAAAUUCCGAAGAAAUGGACCGAAAAAGAGCAAGAAUCAAGAACAGCGAGGGGGGAGAGGUGCCGCCCAAGUACUUUGUUGUCACCAACAAUCAGCUUCUGCGGGUCAGGUAUCUGCUCGUUUAUUCGCAGAAGCAGUGCAAGAGGCCGGCCUGUUGGCCCUCCUGGCUGUCCAGCCACCUCUUCGCCCUGAUGAUGGGCACCUACCUGCUGUUGCUGAUCGCCGUCGGCAUCGCCAACUCCCCCACCUUCUCCUACUGGAACCGGGCGUUCGCGGCCCAGAGAUGAAGGCCCGCCGGCUGACUGAAAUCAGAGCUCUUCGCUACCGAUGCCCUUCCCCGCCACGCCGGGGGUCGCCCAGGGGGUCACACGAGGCCGAGGAACCGGCCGGCGGCGGGGCGGGGGGGAGAGCCGCGGGAGACGAAAUAUCCGAGCUGACCGGGGACCCUCCUUCACCGGACUGCCGGGACGAGCUGCUCUCACCCGGGAGAGCGACCGGUCCCCAUUUCCCCGCCGGUGACGCCAGAAAGCCCCACGAGCGUCUCCUGGCAGACGGACGGCGGGCCGCCGUCUCGGAACGGGCCCAGCUCCCCGCGGGCCGCGGCCCAAGCGUCCUCCUUCCCAACUUGGCAUUUUACGUGGCUGGCACCGUGACUGUGCCAUGUAAAAAGGUAAACAUAAGCCACGACGGAUAAACAGCCCUGAUGUUUUCAAGGUGGAAGCCUGCCCGGUUUCCACAGCACCGCCCGACGCUUGCCCGGGCAGAAUACGAGGGGUCGCCCACUCGGGAGAACUAGCCGGGACCGAGAGCUUCACCUCACGAGGGAUUUCCAUCCACCGAUAGUUCUCAUUUGCAGGGAUGAUUGGAUUUUUUGGUAUCCCCCCGGGGGUCCCUCCACUCACCGUGUCCCAUCGAGCGUUUAGACAGUCGGGUUAGCGGUGGUGUCCCUUCUCAAGAUACAUCUCCUCGCGGCCUUCCAACUCCCCCAGUCUGGUGGGAAUGGAUGACCCUUCUCUGAAAAAGAUGGAACGGCAAAUUUUCCCCGUAGGCUGCGGAUGCCGAUUACGCGGUUUUUGUAAAACCCUUCGGAGGAGGGGAUGAUUUCUCCAGCAAUAAAAUGGGCGUUUCUUAAUUCCUUCAA